UACCAUUUUAGAGAAAUGUAGAUUAAUGUCAAUACAUUUAAGGCAGAAUCCUUCGGUGCUGAGGAGGACUAUAAGAAUGGACCCCCCCCCCGAUCGUGUUGUUGUUCUGGCCAGAGGCCAGAAGUUGUAAAUGCCAUGUUUGUUGAUUUGACUUUGUUUUUCUGCAGCAGUUUUUAUGAGGGUCAAACUGAGAGAACAAUGUCUCACAGGACCGAUCGUCCACCAUGAGAACUGUGGACCAGAAAUUCUGUCAGCAGCAGAAUAAUAUCCACUAUCACUACUAUUACUAUACCACUAUUAUUAUUAUUAUUGUUAUUAUGAUUCAUAUUUGCACAGUUUGUGGUGACGUUCCAGAUCAGACCCUCAGAUUGAUUCAGGCAGCCAGGAUGUUGUCUCAGCCCUGAGGCAUGGACUGCUGCUGUGGAACAGUUCUACAGCAGAUGGUUCUACAGUUCUACAGAUGAUGGUGGUGAUGACCAGUGGAGAACAUGUACUGUAUGUCUGACAGGUCCAGACUCAGUGUUGGUGUCCUUGUGUCUGCUGAGCACCUUUUAAAGGUCCUGUGAGUUCACAGCAUCAUUCACACUUCACCUCACUGUACCGGACCCCUAGUGGUCAAUGUCCAGUCGUGCACGCCGUGAAAUACGUAUAUCCCGUACGUGAACUGCAGUUUCUGUCCAGUGUCCUGUUUUGGAACGGCCUGCUGUGUAAAUCAGCGGUGGUUUCCUCAGCGUGACGUCUGUCUUCCUGUAUCCUGUCACUCCCAGUGUAAACCAGUUUCACUCCUGGACUCUACGCUCUGUCUUCCAUCUCCUCGUCACCUUGACAUUGUUCACGGCUCUGUUUACUCAAACACAGUCUCAGUAAAACGACUUCCUCCGUGUACAGUUUCAUCUUUGAGUUACUGUGUUGACCUUUGACCCCAUCAGCACGUUUAUAGAGUAUUUACAAGUAUUUUCUUUUUUUUUUUUUUGGUAAAUUGUGAUCACACUUGGACUCAAUGAGAGACAAAAUAGAAAAAGAAGUAAAAGAAGAAGACGGACGAGCGGUGAGAACCAGGUGUCGUUUAUUGAAAUACUCUUCAAAUACAGGACCUGAAUGAAGGCACUUCACUACAGUCAGAACUCUGUAUGUGUUAACAUGGAAGAACACUGUCAGUGUUACAUUAUAAUAUUUGUUUAAAGAAUUUCCAUAGGAUUUGCAUCAGGUGCUGAUGUGAACUCUGCUUUGUCUCCUAUUUUGGUUCUGGUAUUUUUCGGUUUUGGAUAUCGUGUACAAAUCUCAGUCUGAUACGAGCUGGGGAUUAUUCUGACUCUGGAACAGGAGGAAAUGUAUUUGUGUUUUAGGAGGUUUCUAAUGUGGGGCGGAUUCAAACCCUCCACAGACCCUGACCCUCAGAGCUGGACGUGAUGCCUGUGUUUCAAGUGCAGACUCUUCAGACUCAUCGUCACCUCCUUCACUCGUCUCCUAACUCUUUUUUUUUUCCCAUGCUGCCCUGCAGCGGUGGCUGAGGACAGUGUGUUCAAACUCUCCGGAGCUCUCAGCACCCUAACCCAGGCUGACUCUCUGAUUGGCUCAGCACUGAGUGUGAUGUCACUGCUGCACAUUAUAAGGGCUCUGACAAAUAGUCUUGGAGACACAUUAGAGGAAACGCAGCUUGUUGGAGGCACAGAGUGAGUGAGGCGCCCAGGGAGGCACGGAUCAGGAGAGAGUGAGAUUAGAAGAGCAGAGAAACUGAAGAAAGUCACAUGGAAUACUUUACAGAAAGUACCUGAACAGCACUUUUCUGGGUUUUUUUAUGGAAGGCAGAACAAAUAUUUGUGGAGGUUCGUACUUUUUUUUCUUUGUUGGUUUUCUCUUAAAAGCAUGCAUUUCCUGAAAGUCAUGCAAAAAAUGCAUUUUUUUUAAUGAGAGCUUUGCAUGCACUGGCUGAGAGACGGUUGUGGUUCAGGGCUUUUCAUAUUAUGUUCACUGGCGUUUGUGUGCGUAUUUAAUCCACUCCUGUUCUCAUCAGAUGGGAAGCACAGCCCCCCCAGUGUUCCUCAGUGUGAGUGCUGAGAUGGUCAACUCCUCCUCGGUCCAGCCUGAGCAUGAGGAAGGUUACAGCCAACCUAAAAUGAUCCUGCUGGGCAUCGUGGUGUCUUUACUCGUCCUCUGCAUCGUCUUUGGUAACAUCCUGGUCAUCGUGGCCAUCGCCCGCUUCCAGCGGCUCCAAAAUGUCACCAACUGCUUCAUCACGUCCCUGGCCUGCGCUGACCUGGUCAUGGGUCUGGUUGUUGUUCCCUUUGGUGCUUGUUAUAUCAUCUUUAGGACCUGGCAUUUCGGUAGUUUCUGGUGUGAGUUUUGGACCGCCACAGACGUGCUCUGUGUGACCGCCAGCAUCGAGACCCUGUGUGUCAUCGCGAUAGAUCGAUACUUAGCCAUUACUUCUCCGUUCCGCUACCAGUCCAUGCUGACCAAGUGCAAGGCUCGCAUUGUGGUGGUGCUGUUGUGGGUGAUCGCGGCCCUGAUUUCCUUCCUGCCCAUCCACAUGAAGUGGUGGAUAUCGGACGAAAUCGAGGCCAAGGAGUGCAUUCAGGACAGUAAAUGCUGUGAGUUCUACACCAACAUGGCGUACGCCAUUACCUCCUCCAUAAUUUCCUUCUACAUCCCGUUGGUCAUCAUGGUUUUCGUCUACAGCCGUGUGUACCAGGCAGCCAAGCAGCAGCUGAAGAAGAUCGAUCAGAGCGUUGGACGUUUUCACAACAGCAACAACAGCUGCCUCAUGGCCCUGGAGGCCACCAACGGGCGAGCCCAGAAGAAGAUGAAGUUUUGCCUCCGUGAACAUAAAGCCCUGAAGACACUGGGCAUCAUCAUGGGCAUCUUCACUCUGUGCUGGCUGCCCUUCUUUCUGCUCAACGUAGUGGUGGCCAUAUGGAAGGUGAAAAACAUCGAACUGACGUUCAGGAUUCUCAACUGGAUAGGGUACGCUAACUCGGCCUUCAACCCACUCAUUUACUGCCGAAGUCCCGAGUUCAGGUAUGCCUUUAAGGAGAUCCUGUGUUUGAAGAGGAACCCUGGGCCGGAGAACGGAUACGUCUUCAGCAGACACCGGUGGCACAGCGAGCAGCAGGGGAGGAGCAAGGCCAACUCAGAGGACAGCGAGGCCAAUGAGAGCGCUCCAGAGAGAGCUGCAGCUGUCUGCACCGUGGAAGAGGCCGCCACGGACCCCAACGGAAACUGCAGCAAAGUUCCAUCCCCUGUCAAUACUGCCUUCUAAUGUUCACUCAGUCAGAAGGAGCUGACGUGUUCACACUGCUGAGUUUGACUGGUGACCUGUGAAGGUAAGGUCAGGAGACCCCAGAUCAGACUGACUUCAGUUGAAGCUACUACUGUAAACCACUUUUUUUUUUAUUUUGAACAUGUACCUCAUCACAGCUCAUGUGACUUUGUUUCUGAGCCGAUGGUUCACUCUGUUUUUAGGAAACUCCACAGAACUGACACCAGGUCAGAUUCACUUCUGUUUAUUUGCUCUGCCUGUCGUCGCUGAUCUGAUGUGAAUGUCUCAGACCUAAAAGUUUCUGACUUGUUAAGAACCAGAUGGCAUUUUUAAAAUCAGAAGUUGACAUUUUCACAAGUCUGUACCAAACCUCUGCCUCUGUCAGUGUCGGUCGAAGGUAGACCAAAAACCAACAGACGAUGAGAGGAGAUUAAACGUCCUUUAGUUUUUACUUUAUAGAAAAUACAUUCCAGUUCUAAUCACCAACUACUAAACAUCGCCUCAUUUACUUUCCAGGUGUUUUUGUCCAACAAAAAAGAAAAAAAAAAGCCCUCCCUCCCCAUAUGUGCUCAUUCUUCAGUAAUGCGGGGGGGGGGGGGGGGGGGUGGCUCCCCAGGCUGUAGUGUUUUUCUACAGCUGAUUGUCAGCAGACAGUUAGUAAAGAUGUGACUGAUGUUCUCAGAGGUAGUACUGAAGUAUUCUCUGUCUAUGAAUAUUCACUACUAGUUGGUACAUUAAUUUACCUUCAUGUCGUGAAACCAGUUUUUUUUUUUUAAUUUGUGCAGAUGUCAGUAGACACAGUCCCCAGGCUGCUGAGGCUGAACGUGCAGAGUUGAGGCACCAGGGUAAAAAAACACAGUCCAGUCUGAGACACAGCCACGGUGGUCACUCCACACCAGUCAACACAGAAGAGAAAAAAAAGUGAACAGAUGUCUGGACAUUUACCAAAUCAACAGAAUAUUUGACAAAGACACCGAGGGGCCACGGAGCGGAGGGCCCCCCGGUCCAGUUGUUUUAGUCUGUCUCCUUGUUGUUCAGACUGCAGGAAACACAGCGGCCCAGCUGAGCCCAGCCCAGUAAACACAAACACAGCCUGUGUUAUCUGUGCUGUGCAGUCGGGCCGUCACAUGAGUUCUGUCCUGGACUGGCUGUGAGUCUAUGGUCAACUGGUCAGGGAUUAAAGUCCACUCGUUCUGUUUCUCACUGUUAAUAUAAGAGUCAGACUUUUCUCUAUGUCUUCUGCAGAAUUGCGCCCCCUAUCACAGUCACCUCAGCUAUCUGCAGUAUGUUCUGAUCAAAGUGACAGCAUGCUAAAAGUGGCUCCUGGGGGGGGGCGGGGGGGUGGGGAGUCUCUGGCAGUCUAAAUCGGUUUAUGUGACCCGUGUUUAGUACAUGUGUGGGUGUCGAAUCAGCUGACACCAUCAAAACGGUGGACUGUUUCCUCUUUGGUCGCUGGGUCACGGUCUGAUCAGUGCUGUUGUCAUGAGCCACAGACCUGUACACACACACACACACACACACACAUAUAUAUACAUAUAUAUAUAUAAAUAUAUUGGCCCAUUCCAAUCUGGAUUAAUUUGAACGGAGUAAAUGCAGAGGUCAGAGGUCAGAUUUAAUGAAGAAAAUCUUUUCAAUCCAAACGCAAAGAAGAUUAGAGUCCAAUAUUUAUUUUUAUAUUUUUACGGAAUUGUUGCCAAUAUAAAGAGGUUAUAGUUGAAAACAUGUUUGAAUCUGUGUGUGUUGUUGUUUCAUUUCUAUGGUAACUGUUAUGAAUGUGUGUCCAUGACACAACAUGCUGUGCUGUACAGUCUUCAGUCAUUAGUUUACACUAGCAGUGGUUCCCAAAG